AUGGAUAUUGGAUAAGACGAGGCACAACUGGUAUUGUAGCAUAAAAAAGAUUAGUUUAGAGUAGAGAUUCGUAAGAAAAAGACAGAUAGUUUAAUAUAGUAGAAAAGAUUAAAGCUAUUUAAUAAGAAUUUAACAAAUUUAGAUAGCUUUUCUGAUGCUGACAACAGUAAAAGCGAUCAGAAUACUACUCAAGAUCCUUAGAACAACAUUUUAAGUUAACAACAAAUUUAACAAUAAUAAGUGUCUACUUUAGAUGUUUAAGUCAUUCGUGAUAUAGAAAGUAGGCUUUUGCAAUGUUAGAAAGAUAAUAAUAUAGAAUAAAUGAGAUCUAUUUUAAUUCAGCUCGUUAAAAUUGUUGGAACUUACCCAUCACCAAUAAAUUAAAUGUUUAUGACAAGCUUACCUAAAUUUGUAAUUUCUAUUGUUAAUAAGCAUGGCCCAGUAAAUGAUCCUAAAUGUAAAAAUUAUGCUGCUCACAUCUUGGCAAAUCUCACUGCAGGUACUCCUAUGUAGUUGUAAGAACUUUUUUAGCUAGAUUUGAUUCACAUCUUAAUAGAGUAAAUCCAAUCCAAGGAUGUAGAGUUAGCAGAUCAUGUCAUUUGGGCUUUUAAUAAUGUCUUGAUUGAUAAUCAUUAACCAGAGAACCUUGUAAGAAUAUUCUAAGAGCGCCCUUUGAUAAUUGAAGAUUUGUGCUAUUAUUUCACCACUUCUUGUAAUAAUCCAAAUAUCUAGUUUUAGCUUAUUAGCUCAGUAAUUCUUUCGAUUUACUGUCUUUCUAGAAUCCAUAAAACUACUUAAUCAUAUUAUAAUUAAUUGAGGAUUGCUAUCCCAUAUCUAGCAAAAUUAUUAGAUGUCCAUCAUCCAAAAGAACCAAACACAGUAAUAAAUAGCAUGUCUUCGCUCCCUAAUAAAAAUAAAUCAAUGAUUUUGAGCAAUAAUAGCAAUUAGAAUUAAAUGAAUUCCGAAAAUUGUAAACCAACUAAUUUAUAAAGCACAAAUAGUAAUAUCUAAAAAAGUGACUAGCAAGUUAAGUAAAAAUUUCUCUGUUCUGUAGAUUUAAAAAUGUGCGCUCUUAUAAUAACGGAUUUAAGUGAAGGUGAUCCAAGAGUUAUUAGCGAUAUGCUUAAAAUUUAAGUUGAUAGAAUUAUGCUUAGAUAUUUAGAGUAGGGAAUUGAUGUUAAUGAGCAUUUCCUCACCUUUGUAAUAAGAACUCUAGCCAACAUGUCUAGUGGAAACGAGUUUCAAACUGACUAACUUCUCUAAAAGGAUAUUUAUUCAUAUCUGAACAGAUUUUUGGAACAUCCAAAAGAAUAGAUCAGAAAAGAUGUUUGUUGGCUAAUAAGCAAUUUGUCAGCAGGAAAUGCUUCUCAAAUAGAUGUAUUUUUAAAUAAGAAUAUGCUUUAAACUUUGAUUCAAAGACUUAACGUAGAGUAGAGCAUACAUGUAAAAAAAGAGAUACUGUUUGCUCUGAGUAACGCAACUGCACAAGCAACAAAAGAACAAAUAAAUAAAAUGGUUUCUAAUGGUUUAUUGAGAGUUUUUUCAGAUAACCUCGACCCCUAGUAUGAAACUGAAUUGCUUAUUGAAAUUUUAGAAGGAAUAGAAAAUGUAAUGAUGUUAGGUCGUUCUGAUGACCUCAAUAAUAAUUAAAAUGCAUAUAGCCAUGAAUUUGAAGGAUCUGGAUGUUAAAGAAAAAUCCAAUAUUUAUAUUACUAAAAAUCAGACCAAACAGUAGUUGAAAUUUCUGAUAGAAUACUCCGUUCAUAUGGAACUAAUUGA